UGAAUUAUAAUACAAGAUUUGAUAGUUGAAAACAUUUUUGUAAGGUCACAUUUUUUUCUUUUUUUAUAUACAGCUCUUGUGCGGGCAUACCUAAUGACGUGACCCGGCAAACGUGAGACACUUGGCAAUGCUAUUUGCGCUGGCGAUAACUGCGCGGUUACACGGGAAGGGGAGGAAUCCAGUUGCAGCUGGGCUGAGAAGAUGGAAGAUUUCAUGGACAAAAUGUUGCUGUGAGAAAGUGCCGAGAAUUCAGACUGAUCUGUCUUAGCCAGUAUUAUCUUGGGACAGAGAAAAGUGCAAAGGAUCAUGGGAUGUGGCAUGGGGAAACCACACCCCAAGCAAUGCGACAGAGUGAGCAUUUCCGUUCCAGCUGCGACGGGUGAGUUUUUCGAGCAAAUAAUGAAUACGACCGCCUCGGCUCAUCACUUUCAAAACUUUGGAUGUUUUUGAAUUGGAGCUAUCAGAGCGGCUGUGUUGAUCCAACGCUGGUAUCGUCAGUACGUUGCCCGGCUGGAGAUGAGACGCAGAUGCACGUGGAACAUCUUCCAGUCCAUCGAGUACGCCGACGAGCAAGACCAGACCAAGCUUUACAAUUUCUUUGGCUUCUUGAUGGACCACUUCACCCCAGCCAGCAGCGAGCGAAAGCUAAUAUCGCACAUCUUCCGUGAGAACGACAUCUGCCGCGAUACGGAAUGGGAGCGAUACAAUUGCUGCAGGAGUGUUGAGGUGCCUGACAGCUACACAGGCCCCCGGCUAACCUUUCCCAUGACAUUCUGCGGCGUGUCUGAGCUGGUGGAGGCCUUCAAGCAUAGACAAAAGCUCCAUGCUUGCUACGUUCUGCAGCUUCUUGGGGAGACUUGGAGACUGCUCCAAAUUCUCCCGAAUAUCAACCAUGUCUCCUUCUGCCAUACCAGAGAGAUAACCAUAUGCGGUGAUUUACAUGGACACCUUGAAGAUCUACUACUGAUAUUCUACAAGAAUGGAUUGCCUUCGUCCGAGAAACCAUACGUGUUCAACGGAGAUUUUGUGGAUCGAGGCAAGAACUCAUUAGAGAUCCUGCUCAUCCUGUUUGGGUUCCUGCUGGUCUACCCCAACAACAUCCAUCUGAAUAGGGGCAACCAUGAGGACCACAUAGUUAACCUGAGGUAUGGAUUCACCAAAGAAGUUGUGGGAAAAUACCGGGUGCAUGGCAAAAAGAUCCUAAAGCUCCUCCAGAAGAUCUUCAGCUCGUUGCCUCUGGCAACCAUGGUGGAUCACAAAGUGCUCAUUGUGCAUGGAGGCAUCUCUGAAUCCACAGACCUUAAUGUAAUAGCCAGACUGGACAGACACAAAUAUGUCUCGACCCUGAAGCCUCCCAUGCAAAGCCUUCACACCACCAGUACCAACAGUAAGAUGGCGGACUCUGACGGUCUGGUGGAAAGUCGACGUCGAGUUCGCUCGCUGCCGAACCAGAGCCCGACUCCAGCCGGAAGGCACGAUUUCCCACGUCGCUCGCUCCAAAACCCGCCCGUGAGCGACCGACUCUACUGGUCAGUGGAAAAGGAGCUGAGGAAGAGGCGCAAAGAGGCAGGUUUUGACCAGUCAUAUGGAGAUAUGAAGAUGUCCGACUCUGGCCAAGACCCUGGGGACACUGGAACUGAUGACCACGAGUGGAAACAAAUAGUGGACAUGCUGUGGAGCGACCCGAUGCCCCAGAAUGGCUGCAUACCUAAUAAGUUGCGAGGCGGCGGCUGCUAUUGGGGUCCAGAUGUCACGGAGAAUGUUCUCGGACGUCACAACCUGCAGCUCCUCAUCCGUUCACACGAGUGCAAACAGGACGGCUAUGAAUUCUGCCACAAUCGUCGGGUACUGACCAUAUUCUCAGCUUCCAACUACUACGAAGUGGGCAGUAACAGAGGAGCCUACAUCAGGAUGGGCCCCAAUCUGAACCCUCACCUGGUUCAGUAUCAAGCCAGCAGCACAUGCAUAGAUCUCACCCUGCGACAAAGUGUUGGCUGGACAGAGAGGUCGGCCUUGCAAGCGCUGCGGCAACAAGUGUUUGUCCACAAGUCAGAUCUCAUCAGUGCCUUCCAGGAGUUUGAUCCAAACAGCACAGGGUUGAUCUCCACGAGGGACUGGGCCAGUGCCACAGAGAGCAUUCUGAAGCUGGGUCUACCCUGGAGGGUCCUCCGCCCUCAGCUUGUCAGCAGUACCCAGCACGGCAAGGUGGAAUACCGGCAGUGGAUCAGGGAGCUCUCCCUCACAGAGCCUCACCUAGAGAUCUCAGACACCAGCAUCCUAGAGAUCAUGUACAAGAACCACUCCAAUCUUGAAACCAUCUUCCGGAUUAUAGACACAGAUCACUCAGGUCUAAUCUCACUGGAGGAAUUCCGUCAAACUUGGAAACUGUUGAGCUCUCACCUCAAGAUGGAGAUCAGCGACAAAACCGUAGCGGACUUGGCUCAGAGCAUCGACUUCAACAAGGACGGGGUCAUCGAUAUCAACGAAUUCAUGGAGGCAUUCCGCUUAGUGGGCAUCUCGGCACACAAGUAGACGCUGUGGUGGCCUCACCGUAAAAGGUUUUAGCUGAGGGUACAUGAAAACUUUUGGGUAGGGACGCUGAUGUAAACCUUACAGUCUGGACCGUUUUUUCCCCCUCGUUUUUAACUUGGAGUUUGUUAAACUGCGUCCACUCUGAUUUGCUUUCUAGUCAUGUGCAUAUGAAUAUCGUACAUUGUUAUUACACAGGGUUUUUUUUGUUUAUGGUGGUCUCAACACACAAGCCUUUUGAGGUUACGAAAGGCACGCAUUGAACUAGUUUGCGCAUGGCGUGAGAAUAUGCAAGCUGUUACCGGCUCACCUUUCAUUUGAUUAAUAUUUAGGGCCGGAGGGUUUGUUUCAUCCAAACAAUUUACAGUCAUUCUAGCUUUACUACUGUAUUAGCUUAGGUUAGUGAUAGACUGAAGGGUGUUCCGACCUGCAUGAUUGGCAUUACGUCGUAAACUGAGGAUCCACUGGACUGUUUUCUAUGUUCGUGUAUGCAAGACACAACAGAGAAUACAAUAACAAUUAAACAAUUUUAAAAAGCUCACUAUGUAUUCCUAAUGUUGUGGACUGUAUUCCGACCACAGUGGUGCCUUGACUUACACGUUUAAUUUUCUCAGUGACCAAGCUCGUAACUCAAUUUACUCAUAUUUCAAAUUAAUAUCCCCCAUUGAAAUGAUCUCAAAUGCAAUUAAUCUUUUACAGCAUCCCUUGUGCUGCUCCUUUUUUGAUUAAUUUCACUCGAGCCAGCUUUGCUAAAGCACACUAGUCACUCAAAUUUUGGCUCGCAACACAAAGCAAAAGAAUCGAUCAAGCAACAGCUUGUAACUCGAAGAACUUGUUGACAAUUUAAGUCAAGGUACCACUGUACAGUCUUCAUGGACAAUGAGUAACAUUUCACGAAAUAGCAACAGACAAAAUGGACUCCUGAGAAUCCAGAGUACAAAACAGAGCUUUAGAAAGUGUCAUCCCCGCGUGAAUAAAUAAUCCCUGUGCAAGCUUAAUCGACUCUGCUGCCAUUUGUCGUUCAUCUGCACAGGGAUGCCAAUCCGCGCGCGACGUGAAUCCUAUCAAGCCAAGCCCCGCUUUGAUAAGAUGUUGGAAAAAGCUCACCUGAAGAGGUAAACACGACAGGUGUGAGACGUCCAGCAGCAUCGCACAGGACCGUAUACACUACUAAUAAAGAUGUAGCGCCACUGCGGGUUUCAUGGUUCCAGUUGAAAUUACAUUUUAAUAACAUUCUAGCGGCAUAUAAAAGCAAUACAAAGAUGUAUGUACAAAUGUGUUGGAAGCCUCAUAUCAAUAAUCUGAUUUGACAUGAAGGGCAAGGGAUAUUAUUUUGCACCUGUAAGCUUUCUAUUAUCAGUCCAGAAAGUACAGAUUAGUCAGUCACUGGCAAAUACAUUGAGACACUGUUCCCUAAUUGAAGCAUCAUGCUGACAAACAUGCAUCAGAGGUUGGAUAUUGAGAUUGUGAGCGUGUUGGGUGUGUGCGGGCCUGUCAGUCAUCUCAACUCAGGAUGCCGCCUCGUACGUGUCCGCUGUCGCUCAGGCCGUGCUCGAUGAGUUUGAUGUCUUCCAAGUCAUCUUUAAUGACGCUGAUUAGGUGACUCAAACCAUCCUGCUGCUGCUUUAGGUGCUAAAUGAGAAGGUAUGCAAACACGUUUCAUUAACCUUUAAUCCUACUCCAUUGCUCAGUCUUAAAAUGGUGGUCGAAAACACUUCUUUAGUGAAACAAUUACUUGUCGGAUUUCUCGGAGGAGGUCCGCGUCAACACUGUAGCGCUCCUCCGAUCGCACGGCGCCAAAGUGGUUCUGCAUGCGGAUUUGGGACAUCAGCUCAUUCAAGCGACCCUAAGGCGGGAAACAUUAAAACCAUGUCGAAACUUAAAAUAAAAUAUUUGCCACACAAAUUGACACCUCAUUUGUCCCAUGAGACAGUCUAGAAAUCUCCUGCAUAUUAGUGGUACAUGUGUAUGUACUGUAUAUGUAUAUACAAAAAUGUAAAAAUAAAAAUAAAAACAUGGCCAAAACCA